GCUCCGGAGCGGGCGCGCGGUGCGGUGGUCGGCGGGGGAGGCCCCCAGCGCUUUAAAAUAAUGCCCGCGGCGCCCGCGCGACCAUGCAAUGGCGAGCGCUCGUCCUGGGCCUGGUGCUCCUCCGGCUCGGCCUCCAUGCGGUGCUGUGGCUCGUCUUUGGGCUGGGGCCCAGCAUGGGCUUCUACCAGCACUUUCCGCUCAGCUUCGGCUUCCAGCGCCUGAGGGGCCUCGACAGCCCCGCGUCUCCCGCCUCAGGGCCCGCGGGCCGGCCCGGGAUGCCCGGGGCACCGUCGGGGCCGUCUUGGCUGCAGCCGCCGGUCCCCGGGGCGGCAGCGGGACGGCGCCAGGCUCCGCGGCGGGCCCGGCCCGGCGUGUGCGGCCCGGCGCACUGGGGCUACGUGCUGGGCGGCCGGGGCCGCGGGCACGACGAGUACGAGAAGCGCUACAGCGGCGCCUUCCCGCCGCAGCUGCGCGCCCAGAUGCGCGACCUGGCGCGGGGCAUGUUCGUCUUCGGCUACGACAACUACAUGGCGCACGCCUUUCCCCAGGACGAGCUCAACCCCAUCCACUGCCGCGGCCGGGGGCCGGACCGCGGGGACCCUUCAAAUCUGAACAUCAAUGAUGUCCUAGGGAACUAUUCAUUGACUCUUGUUGAUGCAUUGGAUACACUUGCAAUAAUGGGAAAUUCAUCCGAGUUCCAGAAAGCAGUCAAGUUAGUGAUCAACACAGUUUCAUUUGACAGAGAUUCCACCGUCCAAGUCUUUGAGGCCACAAUAAGGGUCCUGGGAAGCCUCCUUUCUGCCCACAGAAUAAUAACUGACUCCAAGCAGCCCUUUGGUGACAUGACAAUUAAGGAUUAUGAUAAUGAAUUGUUGCACAUGGCCCAUGACCUGGCUGUACGGCUCCUCCCUGCCUUUGAAAACACCAAGACAGGGAUCCCCUAUCCUCGGGUGAAUCUAAAGACAGGCGUUCCUCCUGACAGCAAUAAUGAGACAUGCACGGCAGGGGCUGGCUCCCUCCUGGUGGAAUUCGGGAUUCUGAGCCGACUGCUUGGGGAUUCCACGUUUGAGUGGGUGGCCAGACGAGCAGUGAAAGCCCUUUGGAACCUCAGGAGCAAUGAUACAGGAUUAUUAGGCAAUGUUGUGAACAUUCAGACGGGCCAUUGGGUUGGAAAGCAGAGUGGCUUGGGUGCUGGAUUAGACUCCUUCUAUGAAUACCUCUUGAAAUCUUAUAUUCUCUUUGGAGAAAAAGAAGACCUAGAGAUGUUUAAUGCUGCAUAUCAGAGUAUUCAGAACUACUUAAGAAGAGGCCGGGAAGCCUGUAACGAAGGGGAAGGAGACCCUCCGCUGUAUGUCAACGUGAACAUGUUCAGUGGGCAGCUGAUGAACACUUGGAUUGACUCUCUGCAGGCCUUCUUCCCCGGACUGCAGGUUCUGAUAGGAGACGUGGAAGAUGCCAUCUGCCUCCAUGCCUUUUACUAUGCCAUAUGGAAGCGAUAUGGGGCCCUCCCUGAGAGGUAUAACUGGCAGCUACAGGCUCCUGACGUGCUCUUCUACCCGCUGAGACCAGAAUUAGUGGAAUCGACAUAUCUCCUCUACCAGGCAACCAAGAAUCCCUUCUACCUCCAUGUAGGAAUGGAUAUUCUGCAGAGUCUGGAAAAGUACACAAAAGUCAAGUGUGGGUAUGCCACGCUGCAUCACGUCAUAGACAAAUCCAAAGAGGACCGGAUGGAGAGCUUCUUCCUCAGCGAGACCUGUAAAUACUUGUAUCUGCUAUUUGAUGAGGAGAAUCCAGUCCACAAAUCUGGAACCAGAUACAUGUUUACAACGGAGGGACACAUUGUAUCUGUGGACAAGCAUCUUCGGGAAUCACCCUGGAAGGAAUUCUUUUCUGAAGUGGGAGGGCAGGACCAAGAGGGAGAGUCCAUGCACAGGCCUAAAGCUCACGAGUUAAAAGUCAUCAACUCCAGCUCCAAUUGCAAUCGGGUUCCUGAUGAGAGGAGGUACUCCCUGCCCUUAAAGAGCAUCUACAUGCGGCAGAUUGACCAGAUGGUUGGUUUGAUCUGAUCGGCUCUCCUCUGCGUGGCCUCCUCUGAAACUGGACCUAAACAGCUGAGCCCAGGCCAAGAUCCGGUCUCAAGUGGGAGAGGAUGGAAGUCUGGCUGUCCGUGAUGGUGUAGGAAUUUCUGUCUAGCUCCUCACCCACAUCUAGUAGUCAAAUCUUAGAUAAUUUAGUGUUUCUCUUCUGUUCAAAUAAAAUGCCCUGUAUUUCUUAAGGAUAUAAUUUGAAGUGAGAAGGCCCAUAGAAGUUGUCUUCUUGUGACAUGCUGAUGUUAUUAAGCGCAGUGGAUGGGGCAUCCUUGGAUUGAUUUUCACUGCUUCGGACUCUGGAAUCCAGCAGGUCUCUUCCCGUGGCCAGCACUCACUGUGACUGCAGUAUUGCUCCCUCUCUGUGAGGGGAUUGUGAAUGGAAUUUCUGUGCAAAAGAGCCUGAGGUUCACUUGGCAUUCCUCUUUAUUGUGUUUUGUUGUCCGUUCUCUUUCUUGUUGGAUGAUGGGGCUCUCCCCCAGAUAUCCACCCAUGAUUUUUGAUCACAUGGGGAAACAAUCGUCCCGUUACUCAUUUGUGCCCCAAGUAAUCUUCACAGUGUUACAGAUUAUUUUCUUAUGAAUAAUGGUUUUAUCCAAAUUCUAACAGGCAGUCUCUUAUGUUGUCACAUCACGGUUUAAGAGGUUAACAGGUAGAUCUUUUGGAUGGUACUUUACCUUUAUUUGGAACUUACCUGAGGAACGCCACAGUUCCGGAACCAGGUGCCUUUUAGGGAGAGAAAAAUACAUAAGAUUGUCUGAGCUUCCAUCUGUCUCGUAUUUGCUAACCAAGGAUUCUCGAUUCUGACCGUGUUUGGGUUAGAAUUUUGUUUUGUUUCUGUUUCUUGUGAUUAGUGCCAAUUAGCUAAGUCAGGGAGAAAGAAAUGAUAGAGGACUUUCUGGCAUCCUUGAGCCGUUUCUCUGUGUAAUACCGGCUUUAGAUGAGUGCCUUAUACGAUUUUGGUUUGAGCCACUGGAUGUGCCAGCUGCUGCUAUGGUCUUAGCAGGCUAGUUUUGUGUUGCCACAUGGUGGCACCACAGUGAAAGGGGGACGAGAUGGGUAUUAGUUAUUAGAUUCUGGAAAUAUCUUGGCCAGUCCUUGCCUUUCAACCUGAUAUUUUAAGCAAGCAUGUAUAAGGAGGAAGUUGUGCUAAAAUGCCUUCUGUGUUUUUUGUUAUUUUCUCAGCCAGAACCGGAGUAUCCCUCUUUGAAAUUGGGCUGAGCACUCAUACACAGCAGAGGUGGAUUUGAACCCUAGCCUGACUGCUGUGUAACUUCAGAGGCUGAAAUGAACCCCAAUAGAAAGGGCGGAAAGUCUCUUAAAAACCACCCACCUCAUUUAUCAUGUUGCUCGCCUGUCACUCCUUGCACACUUCAAAUGAUUUCAUUUUAGUCUUUUUAAAACUAGAAGUGCUUUCUAUGCCAUUGCAUUAUCAAACAGGAGAAAUCUUAUUCCUUCUUGAAAAGUUGUGUUGUUUUAUAAAAUAGGUAUAUAAUUCAGUUCUUUGAGAUUUUUUAAAAAAGGGAUUUUCAGUAAUAAAUGUGUCACCUCUAUCUUUUAAAUAUUUACUAUGCAAAUUGUUUUAAAGUAAAAAAAAGUCAAAUGCUUCUAUUUUACCUUUUUCCUUCAUUUCAGAAGCAUUCUGUUUAUCAACAUCGUCUCAUCUACUGAACAGAGAAUUUUCUUGCAGAAUACUAUAUGUUUUAAAUGUUUUCAUUGACUCAGUAAAACCAAAAUGUCCCAUGUUAAAAACACAAACACACACACAGGCACACGAGCAUCCCUGGACCAUUUCUCCAAGCAGUCGAGGUGGGAUUGUAAAGGACGCAGCUGGGAGAGUGGGGCACAUCAGAGAAGAAAGUGGGUCCCUCGUACAUCUGUUUCCUCUCUUGGCGCCCUCCUGGCUUCCCUCUCCAGCUUCUGUGACAACGCUGAUGUGUAGCACACCAACAUCCCCCUCUCAUCGGGGCCCUUAACCUGCCCCCCGCUUGGGCAUUUCUUCCUCCUCCUGCUCCGAAUAGGGAUCUGUGCCUGGCAGCACCAGAUGCCUCAGAGGAACCUCAGGGGCUGCACGCUGACAGGAGUCAUGUUUUGUGUUAAGUCUCAAACGCUCUCGACUUGCAGGCACUGGACUGGUACCAGUUGGUGAGUCUGAGGGUGAGUGAGUUACUGCACACUAGUGCUGGUUGUUGAGCUUCCAGACUACCCACUCUCAAGUCGGAUGCUCCCUAGUCAGUGGUUUGUGAGAUUAGAUUCCAGAAUGCUCUCUAGUGCCAGCUGUAAAAAGAAGGUUCUCUGAGCCAAGUUCAAAGCUUGCUUGUUUUCUUUUUGAAAAUCAAAACGUCAACAACUGCGAUCCAUCCUGCAGGGCUUUUGCUGUUCCUUCUAGUCUGUGUUGUUCGAUAUCAGGUAGGGGAGGGCUGAGGCGGGGGUGUCAGAGAAAUUCCCUUGAUCACUGCUUUGCCCCAGGGACGCCCUGAUUCUGAACGGAACGGAACAGCUUUGGAACAGCUGUGAGCAUGCACCAUCCUCGCUUUCCUGUGUGUAGCUAGUGUCUAGACUCUGCUUUGGUCGACAUGAUGAAAGUGAUUUUGCAAAACCGUUGUAGAAGGCUUGGUGGAGUUAGUCUUGGUGGAGUCUAAGUCUCCACCACCAAGUUCUCAAUCCUUACAGGGCAGGCUUUGCCACUCCAGAUGAUGUGACUGAGGAACUCGUCCACUUCCAGGAAGAGUAGGUGACAAUGGAAGUGUUUUUUAACUCUCCGAUUGUGUGGGCCUUUGUGAAAAUCCCUUUUCCGUUUCCAGAUCUUUCCUUCAGUUUGUUCCAGCUCUUCUGCCAGAACUUGCUCUGUGUAGCCAAAUUCCAGGUUCUGAGGCUGUCCUGGAUCGUGGGGGUGUGCACACGUCACUAAAUCGUUUUCUCUGUGUUUAUGCACCACGGAGGUGUCUGUGCAGAGGAAGAUUAGAGGACACCUGUAGUGACCUGGCUAGAUAAGUGCAGUUGGGCAAUCUGAGAGCCUGAACUUGAUUCCCCCCUCGAUCCCCCUCUCUCCCUUGCCAAAGAAAAAGAACCCUCUUAGCUAUUUUCUUAGCUCAGUUUACUGAACGAUUGCAAACUGUAAUUCUUCUCUUUGGAUUUUGUAGCCUCAACAUCAGACGUUCCUUUCUUCUUUCUGGAGAGUUCCAGAGGUCUUUCUUUCUUGACAUUUUCAAAUUUAGUGCCGGCUAACAGGGCUGAAUGAUCGCUCGAGCCAGGGUGGCUGUGCGGGGACUUUAGAAAAAAUAUCAUGAUCUUUCCUUUUCUAUUCCCAGACAUCCAGCUGCUCCUCUAAUGCCUCUUCCCUGCAGGGCAGGGACCCUUGUGCAAGUGAGAAGGGGGACGAGCUGGGCUGUGUGUCCCAGGUCUGCAGGGCUCAGGUUAUGUUCAGGCUUGAAUUUGGAUGUGAAUCUGGUGAAAACGUUAAGUACCUGUGGACCUUCCUGAUUUAUUACCCCCUUCCCUCUUUCUGAGAGGCAGAGAAAUAAUAUUUUUAAAGGUAUUUUGUUUUAGUUUUAAAUAGCAAAACACAAGAUACGUUUUUAUUUAUUAUGCACAAGAAAUGUAAAUCUGUUUUUACAAAAAAAUAUAGAGUUGGAAACUCUGGGAAAACCUAUUGAAAUAUACAAAUGCUUCUCUCUCUGUAAUGUGCAAUAUGCUUUGCAACUAUAGAUGAUAUUUUAUGUUUAAUUUGUAAAUAAGAAAUGUAUUUAAAUUAAAAGGGAGCUUUUUGUAAAAGGACCAAAUGUUCUUUUCUAAAUGUACUAAGAAAUAUCUUGCUUUUUGAAAUUUAUUAGGAUUUUUAUGAGUAAUUUUUAUUAAAAGAUUCUUUUUUUUUGA